CAUGUCGACACUACUGACUCAGGCAUUCUUUUCCUCUAUUGAUCGAGAAGCAAGGUGCACGGCCCUAAUGGAAUGCUCAUACUAGGCGUUGCUUCCAUGGGUAAUUGAAAGGCGGCAGGGUGAGACAAAGGGAUUUACUGCGUAGCAACGACUAACACCCCUGUGGCUGUGUCUUCGAGAGGAGACCAGCUGUCAGGAACAAGGUUGGCAGGGAACUGGAGGUACCGGAGACGUGGCUUUACACAAAGAACUAUCUCAUCCCAACACGGCAGCAACCACGGCUGGCAGUGACCAGGAAGAGCAAGAGGAGGCUAGGAGCACCAUGCCAGAGGAGGCCCUGGACGGCGACACAGAGGGAUGGAGCCGGGAUGAAAAGGAGAGUGAGGAGGCAUCAGACAUCACCAGGAAGAAAAGCAGUGACAGUGAAGUGGAGACAAGCAAUGAGAACUUGAAAGAUGUACGCAUGAAAUACGAACUAGUUGACUUUGAUGAGGUCAAGGAGGGAGAUGAUGAAGAUGAUGAUGAUGAUGAUGAUGAUGAUGAUGGUGAUGAUGAUGAUGAUGAUGAUAAUGAUUACAGUGAAGGUGAAGAUUCCUGGUUCAAUAGGGUGCAAAAGAGACGGAAUGAGGAGGAGAAGGACUAUGCAUGGCUAAGAGUGAUUGACAAGGAGAAUUACCUGAAGGUGAUGGUCCCAGUGUACCUGCUGCUGGAAGUCAGAUCAGCAUCUUCCCUUCAAGUGCACCAUGUCAGACUAGCCGUGUCUCACCUGUCCAGAAUGUGGCCAUGGUGGAAAGUAGGUGUGAGGCACCGAGGGCAGGAGAGAACCCCUUGGCUGUGUGUGGCACCAACCCAGCGACCAACUCUGCAGUUGUCUGGUGUUGACGAUGAUGAGGAUGAGGAUGAGCUGUGGGAUUUGGUGGACCAGCAGCAGUGGAGACACACCAAGAUAGCAGAGGGAAUGCUGUCCUCCAUCACACUCAUCACCCACCCCCGCCUGUCAGCUGCUGCUGCUGCUGUUGCUGCUGCUCCUCAUGCUCACAGAAAUGAAGACAUAGUUCCUGAUACAAGUGGCAAUCCUGGCAACUUUGUCCCCAGCACACCUGGCACAGCGGAACCCAAUGAGGCCCAGGUGGAUGGCAUGCCAGACCUGCCACACAAAGUCUACCUCAUGUUGGGCAUCCCGCGUCCCUUUGUGGAGGACGUCACUGCUGAGGUGAUCUGUCGCACUCUUGUCACCCUGCUUGAUGAUGUCCUGGCAGGGAGGAUACAGGAGGAACACAAGGUGGUGCAGGAGUCCACAAGUCCAGGGAAGGAUGCAACAGAGGUGGGAGGUGCCAGCCUGGAGUCCUGGCUGGCGGAGCGGCUGGAGGUGGUGGUGGAGGUGAAGGGUGAAGGAAGUGAAAGCAACACUGACCCUGACACUGGACGUCCCCAGGGGGAGGAGAAUGAGCAUGACAGCCGGGGGUAUGUGCAGAGAGCCUUCGACUCAGUCACCAGCCGAAACUUCAUCAACAGGUGCAAGGCAGAGAGGGUGAGCUACGUGAAUGGCUUUGCCACCUGUGUGAGCACCGCGGCAGCUGCUUUCCUGAUGGCAGCCACUGUAGAGGCACGGGGGGAGCAGCGGCAGCAGGUGGUGACAAGGCAGCGGGUGUGUGAACACCUGCGCUGGCCGGCUGCUCCCCUGGACUGGCAUGAUGAGGAUCCAGAUGAGGAGCUUCCAUCAGACCCGUCAAGCAGACCGCCAGGUGUCACCAUCACAGCGCCCACCGGGGAGGACAACUCUGUAUUCUGGGAAGCAGCCAGAUGUGUCAGCCAGCAGCGUUGGGGUGCCCCAGCUGGUGGCAAGAAAGGAGCUGCACUGCACAUCCUCCAUGGCCUUGCUGGCGAGGACAGUGAGGAUGACAUACCCCUGCAACGGUACCCCAUGGUGAGCCUUCGCCUUUGUGAUAUUCAGAAAGACGAGGGCUGUGUCCCCUCUGUGCAGCGGGCUGGUGAUGUGGUGGGGCUUGGGCCACACUCCCUCUCCCCACUACGGCACUUCCUCAUCACGCACACCGUCAACCUGCAUCUGGAGGAGGGCACUCAGGUCCUCAGCUUCUCCCUCCACCACUCCACUCUCUUUCUCUCCCCAGGAACUGGGAAAAAGUUUGCUGAUGAGAUCGAGACAGCUCUGAAGAACUCCUUGAGGCAGCGGUGAUGAGGCGGGGCCCUGCUGGUCCUUGCUGGUCCCCACUGGUCUCCACAGCUCACGUGUGCAGUAGAUCACAAAUGUGCCAACUUAUUGAGGAUGUAAAGAUGUAGAAGUGAUAAUAGCAAAAUUAUUUGAUUUAUAAUUUGAGAAAUGCUUAUUAGUUGUGUAACAGAGUCGCCAGAGGGCAAGCACUGCAAGGCUUAGGUGUGAGGCCCUACAGGCUGGCGGCAGCUUCUGUGAUAUUAUGGAUUAAAUUGUGCAUGUCUCAAUCAGGGACAUUAAAGACUCCUAAACAAACAAAUUAGAGAAUCUCUCUCUCUCUCUCUCUCUCUCUCUCUCUCUCUCUCUCUCUCUCUCUCUCUCUCUCUCUCUCUCUCUCUCUCUCUCUCUCUCUCUCUCUCUCUCUCUCUCUCUCUCUCUCUCUCUCUCUCUGUCUCUCUCUCUCUCUCUCUCUCUCUCUCUCUCUCUCUCUCUCUCUCUCUCUCUCUCUCUCUCUCUCUCUCUCUCUCUCUCUCUCUCUCUCUCUCUCUCUCUCUCUCUCUCUCUCUCUCUCUCUCUCUCUCUCUCUCUCUCUCCUCUCUCUCUCUCUCUCUCUCUCUCUCUCUCUCUCUCUCUCUCUCUCUCUCUCUCUCUCUCUCCUAGUCAGUGAUGAGAAUUAAUGAGAGGCCUUGCUGGGCAGUGUGGGUGUGAGUGCAUCAGAUGCCUCCACCACUGCGUUGUGAGUUCAGUGUGUCACCCCUUUGAUGGUAUGGUGUGGUGUGGUGUGGUGUGGUGUGGUGGAGUGGUGAGGACAGUGUGAUGGACUAUUUUUAUGACGUGAUGACGUGAAGCCUUAUUGGAGCCGUGCCGUUUUUUCACAGUGGUGCUGUAUUAAUCAUGUGAACUGAAUUUACUUAUUAUUAAAAGUACUCAUAAAAUAAAAAAAAAUUUAAUAUAAUGUA